AUGGCACUAAAAUCUCUUCUUGUGUUAGGCCUCUUGAUCGGGUGCAUCGCAUUGCCACUCGCUCAAGCGCAGCUUGGUGGGCUUGGAGGCCUUCUUGGCCCUAUUUUUGGCCUUCUCCGAAUCCAAGGCAUUCUCUUUUGCACUCCCAACGGAAACGUAGGUGUCAGUGCCACUGCCACCCCCGUUUUCCCUAAUGCUUUGGUGCAGCUGCAGUGUGGUGGAAAUGUGGUGUCUACUGCUACAACAGAUAGUUCGGGUGUAUUUUCGAUAUUGAUGGACCCCGUCAACUUUCUUCUCUCGACACUCCUCUCUGGCUGCAGGCUCGCUGUCAACACGCCUCUCGCCUCGUGCAACGCGAGCUUGCCAUCUGUCGGCGGCCUGGCCUCGAACCUGCAGUUCGUCGGAAACACUGUGGCCGGCCUCUUGAACGUCGCCAACUUGGUUCCCACCGGUUUUCAAUUCAAUGCUAAUUUGCACUAGUUGUCUCAAUUAUAUAUAAUGUUGUGUUCCACUACAUAUAUCAAUAAAUGGAAUGUGGACAUGAUAAAUGACUUGAAGAAAUCACUAAUAUAAUAUACUCAUUAUCAA